UGUAUGCAAAAUGUGAGGUGAAAACAAAAACGGACUCUUCAUCUGAAAGCAUCUACUUUAAAACUCAUUGUUAAGUUAAAGAUGUUAAAAAUGAGGUCGUGUUCUUCUGCAAACAGGUUGUGCGCCAUCUUCACGUGGAUUUAUCGGUUGUUGUGCUUUCGCAACUUUAAGCUGUGGUUUUGUAGACUACCUCUCCUAUGUGUCUGCCUUUUUCUCCUUUACUGGAAUAUCCCAAGAUUGACAUCACCAGAAGACAUGGACACGAUAUAUCAGAGGUCUGCUUUAGAAGCUGAACAGAGUUGGGUUGAAACAAUUUCAGGUGAAGAGGAGACGGUCUCUGCCUGCUCCUUAAGACACACCGUAAAGAAGGACAACAGCCUGAGAAAACGUUUUAAUUUCUUAGUACCUCUCAUGCAGUGGCGAGAUUCUUUUACUCCAACAGUUUGGCAAAAGCUCCAGAAUGCAUCCCUGCCAUAUGGCUGGAAGGGAGAAGCUGAUAAAGUGAUAGGCAAGACUCUUUCUCUUCUUUGGCACUCGUCUACCAGUCGUCUGUUCGAGAGGAACACUUCACAUGAGUGUGUGCGCUGUGCUGUGGUGGGCAACGGGGGGAUCCUGAGAGGAUCGGGACAAGGGAAGGUCAUAGACAGUCACGACUAUGUUUUCAGGGUAAACGGGGCAAUAAUCAAGGGUUUUGAAGAUGACGUCGGUACAAAGACAUCCUUCUAUGGCUUCACCACAAACUCUCUCAAGAACUCUCUCUUAGCUUAUCGCAGGGACGGAUUCAAGACAAUCCCAAAUGACCCGGGCAUUCGAUACAUUGUUAUCCCUGCACAAACUCGUGACUAUGUGAUGCUGGCAGCUGCUCUCCAGGGUGUGCCUGUACCGUCAGGUAUUGAUGAAGGUGACAGGCCCUCGAGAUAUUUCGGAUUCAAUCCUCGGAUUCAUCAGUUCAGGAUGAUUCAUCCACACUUUAUUCAGUAUGUGACUAAUAGGUUUCUGAACUCACCACAGAUGGUGAUAUACAGGGGUUUCUAUAUGCCAAGCACAGGUGCACUUAUGCUGCUGACCGCUUUACACACAUGCGACCAGGUGUCGGCGUACGGCUUCAUGACAGACAAUUAUGAAGACUUCUCAGAUCAUUAUUAUGACUCAGAAUACACGCCUGUGGUUCACUAUGCCAACCAUGACCUAAAGAUGGAGGGAUGGCUCUGGAAGUUACUGCACACUCAUAAAGUCAUGUGGCUCUAUCAGAGACAGAAAAAAACUGAUUUCACACACAGACAGAAAUCAGCUCAAGUCUGAAGUGCUUCUUAUUUUUAUCCUGAUAACACAAUGAAAGAAAAAGAAAUCACGAUGUCAUUAAAAUAAAAAAUAUUUUUUUAUUCUUCAGAAUCAACUAAAUGUGUUUACUGUGUCUCAGUAUGAUGCAAAUGAUGGAGAUUCAUUGAGGGCUUCGGUUGGCAGAACAUUAGAUUGUGA